UUAAGUCCUGCAAAUGUUCUGACAUAAUCAAGAUACAGAUGCAUGUGUUGGGAAUACUAGGGGAAUAUUGGACUGAAUAUAGGAUUUUUUGUGUGCGUGUUUACCGAGUGUUUUUAAAAAGUUUUAUCUGAUGUGAAUUUAAUUGCUAGUUGAAGUUGAAAUUAUGGAUUAUGGCUAUCCAUAAAAAACUGACUUUGAAGAAAAGCUAGGAGGAGGGAUAUGAAAUACCAGCUGUCCUAGGAACUGCAAUAAAACUAUUAAUCUGGUGCUGUACUGCUAAGCCACUUUUGAUGAUGUGUAAAUACUUAAACUGGGAGCAUGCUGUCUUCUAAUCUUUAAAGGGUAGAGCAGAUGAACAUGAAAUGAACGUGUCUACGUAUCUUACAUGGAAUAGGCCUGUGCCUGGUAAAUCUUUCUAGUGUGAACAUCAUGCUGAAGGGCAUAGCAUGAACAUGUGAGAUUUUUUUUUUUAAACAAGGAUCUUUGUGAGCUGCAAUUCAUAUUGUUAAUAGUAGUAGAUGGCAAUACUCUUACAAGUAAUCUAGAUAUUAAUGGAAUGCAAAUUUUGCAUAAUUCUUAACUAGUGUUUAAAUGUUUAAUACAGUGGUAACACUCCUUUCAUUAAUUUUGUGAGCUUGUUUAGUGGAAGAAUUGUACUCUCCUGGCUGUCAUAAAGGCUUCUUAGCUACUUACGGAGUUGAGAACAAAUAGGCCUGGCUUCUCCAACUGCCAAGUAUCAAGUAUCUUACUUAAAAUGGGUAGAAGUGCACUAGAGGAGGAUUAAAAACCUUCUCUGGAGUUGGUUUUGAGCAUGUGGCUAGUGAAACCCUGAGUUUAGAUACAGUUUGAGAAAUAAACUCUUGCUUUGACUACUGUUCUGGGUGAAUGGAGAAUCCUCCCCUGAAUUUGAAAGCACUGCUCUGUUGCAACCAUCAUGUCUAGAACUGUUCUUGCAUCAUAUGCUGUAGCAACCUGGGCUUGAUGUGUUUCUUCUGCAGUCUCAGUCACCAUGCUUGGCUGUUACUAAGGCAGGGAAAGUGCAGGAAGAGGAUGCAGUCAGUUUAUACUGGAGUUGAAAACUUGCCUUGUGGAAUGAGUGGGCUGCUGGCUCUUCCUUAGCUCAGUUAUGGAUUGCUGUCCCUGAUGCUGUCUAGAAGUUGUGUAGUGGCAUCACUGCAAAACUGAGGUGACUUUGUUAAAUUCUGUGGCCAUGGUGAUUUUUGUGUAGAAUACUGGCCUUCAAUGGGAGUUUAUAGGAUAAAAAUAACAUUUCUUAUUCCCCUGUUUGCCAGAAACAGGAGCAGUACAGGUGUUUGCCCACAGGUGCAAGCCGUACCUUUUGUGGUGUAGUAGGAGAUAGGGGUUCUGAAUAUGUCUGGCAUAGCUCUUAGCAGACUUGCACAGGAGAGAAAAGCCUGGAGAAAAGAUCAUCCAUUUGGAUUUGUAGCAGUACCUACAAAAAAUCCAGAUGGCACAAUGAAUCUAAUGAACUGGGAGUGUGCUAUUCCAGGAAAGAAAGGGACACCAUGGGAAGGAGGCUUAUUUAAACUACGGAUGCUUUUCAAGGAUGAUUAUCCUUCCUCACCCCCUAAAUGUAAAUUUGAACCGCCAUUAUUCCACCCAAACGUGUAUCCUUCAGGAACAGUGUGUCUCUCCAUCUUAGAGGAGGACAAGGACUGGAGGCCAGCAAUCACAAUUAAACAGAUCUUGUUAGGAAUACAGGAACUUCUAAAUGAACCAAAUAUUCAAGACCCAGCUCAAGCAGAGGCUUACACAAUUUACUGCCAAAACAGAGUGGAAUAUGAAAAGAGGGUUCGAGCACAAGCCAAGAAGUUUGCACCAUCAUAAGCAUCUGUCAUGCAGCAUCUUAAAAAGGAAGGGAUUGGUUUGGCAAGAACUUGUUUACAAAACUUUUGCAAAAUCUAAUGUUGCUAUGUACAAUUAAUAUCCACUUAGGGGAGGGGGUCGUAUGUGUGCCAUUUUCCAUAUUCGCCACUUGUAUACAGUUCUAAAUUUGCUGAAUUGCCCCCAGUUUUUUCAUACAGGGUCUCUUCCUUCAGUCUUUUGUAUUUUUGAUUGUUAUGUAAAACUUGCUUUUAUUUUAAUAUUGAUGUCAGUAUUUCAACUGCUGUAAAAUUAUAAACUUUUAUACUUCUAUAAAUUCACUAGUAUCUCUAGUUACUUUGCUAUCUGAUGCAGGCAUGCUUUAAAAUGUUAGAACUAUAUUUAGCCUCUAGCUGGCUGUAUGAAAAAAAAAAAAAAUCAUGCCCUCCACCCCCUUCCCUCCCUGAAUUUGUUUUUCUAUCGUUCAGAAACUAGGUUGUUAUUGCUUAAGAGCCUCUGAGAUCCAAAGUCAGCCAGCAUCCUUAUUCUGCAUCACUUCCUUUGUGUUUAUAUGGCGUUCUGUCUGUGUUGCUGUUUAGAGUAAAUAAACUGUUUAUAUAAAGGG